AUGGUGAAGUUGCAAGACAAGCCGAAACCAGUGGAUAUGACGCUCAAGAUCAUCGGGAAUGCAGCGGUCGUUAUGAACACGGUCGUGAGAAACCCCGAAGAACCUGAGACCCGCCCUGAGCCGGUAGAACAGAUCCAUCCUGACCUGAGUCCAGAGGUUGAGACCUUGAAUCCAGAAAGUAUGAUGGAUGUCAAGAAUAAUGCUCAGGUCCCUGAACCGUCAGUGGAUGUCCACUCACAGACGAGUAGUUCGACACCGGUCCAGAGGCUGGAGGCAGAAUAUGCUCGGGUGAUGCGAGUCUCUGCUGAAGAACUGGAUCUGGAACCUGCCGUAUAUUUCAGAGAAGGAAGUGAUCUGAUGGCGCAGUUACGAGACCAACUUAUCAUGCUCCCGGAAAUUGAAGAAUUGACCCCAGAGUGUGACAUCGACGAAGCGAAUGUCGGAGUCCCGGGGGUCACAACUCCAGAGAUGGAAGCCAAGAUUAGGGGGGUCCUGAAACGCCAUCGCAGUAUCUUCUUGGGAGACGGUAAUGCAGCUCCGGCUCCGGCCAGGGGCGUGGUGUGUGACAUCGACGUCGGUGAAGCAAAACCAGUGGCUUUACGUGCGAGGCAGAUUGCCGCACCUUUCUUAGUGAAGGUAUUCGAACUCCUGAAGAAGUUGUUAGAGGCAGAGCUCAUUGAGCAUUCAGAGUCUGAGUGGUCAUCACCUAUUGUGAUCGUGCUGAAGAAAAACGGCAUCGAUAUCAGAAUGUGUAUUGACUACCGGCUUCUGAAUUUGCUCAUUAAGCUAUCUCGCUAUCCUCUACCUUUGAUUGAUGACCUGCUGGUAGACUUCAAAUCCGCAAUGUGGUUUAUGAGUCUCGACAUGUUCUGGGCGGUGCGAAUGACCGAACGUGCGAAGCUGAUUUCUGCGUUCGUCUGUCCGUUCGGCCACUUUCAAUGGCUCAGAAUGCCUUUUGGGCUGAAGAAUGCGCCGUUAAUUUAUCAGAGCAUCAUCAACAACUGCCUGUGGGGAUUCGUUCGUCUGCCUCCUGAAGAAGAAGCGAUGGUUGACCCAGAAGUACUGGAGUUCCUGAACCUCAAGCCUCAAGAAGCGCUGAGACCCGAAGUGGAUAUGCGGGACUCAGCGAUUCCUUUAUUGGACAUGACUGUAUUUCGACGCAAUAUUCCGGCUCCGUCACAAAUGGGCUACGAUAUUGGAAUAUCUCUGUAA